AUGAAGAAGAUGGAGGAGCCGUCAUCGCCGACGCAGCAAACAUGUUCCCAAAACCCGUCACUUCCCGAUGAUUUGCUGAUGAGCUGCCUCGCACGCGUGUCAAGAUUGUACUAUCCAACUCUCUCACUCGUUUCCAAGAGCUUUCGAUCUCUACUUGCUUCACCAGAGCUUUACAAGGCCCGGUCACUCUUGGGACACACCGAGAGUUGUCUCUAUGUGUACUUAGAGUCUUCUUAUGAAUACGGCUUGUACACCCUCUGCCGAAAACCUGAUCAAACCCUAACCCUAGCCAAUAAGGAGAAGAAGAAGAAGUCAAGCAAGUAUGUUUUGGUUAAAGUCCCAACUCACGACUCUCUCCGUACCGGGUUUUUUGUUUAUGUAGCGGUUGGUUCUGAUAUCUACAGCAUCGGAUCCGGAUCCAGCUACCGCCAUCCGCCGCCGUCGUGUCGCGUCGAGGUUCUUGAUUGUCGGUCUCACACGUGGCACGAAGCUCCAAGCACGCAGGUGGAUUACACGUCACUCUCUGCUAGCGUCAUUGAUCGAAAGAUAUAUGUAGCAGGAAGCCAUGGCAUUUCCUCGAAGAAGUCUUCUUCAUUCGAAGUGUUCAACACGGAAACACAAAUUUGGGAUCCCCUGCCGCCCAUUUCUUGCAGCCAGACAAAACACAGAAGCGCAUGUUUUGACGGGAAGUUUCACGUGGAGACUGACCAAGUAGUGUUUUGUUACAAUUCCAAGGAAAGUAGAUGGGACCGGGCUGAAUUACCGGUGGAUUCUGCUGUCUUUUCAAAUCCGUCUUGUUGCCAGGUAGAGAAUGUCUUGUACUAUGUUUCUCAAGGAGGAGAGAUCAUGUGGUGUGACACUAAGAUAGGCGUGUGGAGAAAGUUAAGGGGCUUCAUAAGACUGCCCAAGUUCCAUCUUUGUGUUAGAUUGGUUGGUUAUGGUGGUAAGAUGGCUGUUUUGUGGGAAGAGGCCGGAUCAAUUUCUAGUGGUGAGAAGAAGAUUUGGUGUGCAGAGAUUGCUCUUGAAAGGCGUGGGAGUUGUGAGAUUAGGGGAAAAGUUGAGUGGUCUGAUCAUGUGCUUACGGUUCCUGCGAGUUAUAGUAUUGUCAAGGUUCUUGCUCCUACUGUUUGA